AUGUCCCAAAGUAUUCAGCUUUAUUGCAUAGCUAUUGGACGCGCGAGGUCAUCCAGUGUUAGCCCUACCGUAGCGGACCACCACUGGACACCCUGCCACGCUAAGGCGUGGAUCUUGCGGCGUGUGAUGGCCGCCGUGAAGGAGGAGGAGCAGGCUGUGCCUAGCGGAGGGUCGGCCGGUGCCAAGCUCUUUCUAGGCGGCCUGUCAUGGGACACAACUGAAGAGAAGCUAAAGGAGUACUUCUUGAAGUAUGGGGAGGUCCACGAUGUGGUGGUGAUGCGUGACCGCCAAACCCGUCGACCACGUGGAUUUGGUUUUAUUACAUUUACGGAUCCUGCGGCGGCACAAGCGGCGUGCGCGGAGUCCCAUACGAUAGACGGCAGACAGAUUGAUGCGAAGCCAUCUGUGCCACAUGGUGAAGGUGGUCAGCAGCCUCGGAGCAAGAAGAUUUUUGUGGGCGGGCUGGCUCCCGACACCGAAGACGUCCACCUUAAGCAGUAUUUCGAGCAGUAUGGCACAGUCGUUGAGGCGUUGGUCAUGGUGGACCACAACAGCGGCCGGUCGCGCGGCUUUGGCUUCGUAACCUUCGGGGAGGAAUCGUCUGUUGAGAAGGUGUUCGCUGCGGGUCAGAUGCACGAGCUGGGCGGCAAGCAGGUCGAGGUCAAGAGCGCCACGCCCAAGGGUUCAGGCCCUCAAGCAGGUCGAGGGGGGGGCCGUGGCCCAGCGGCAACAGGUAGCUACGGUGGCCGCGGCUAUGGAGGCGGCCGCGGCGGCUUUGGAGGGUAUGGCGGAGGCUACGGGGCCUACGGUGCAGGAGCCUACGGCGCUGGGUUCCCGGGAUACGGAGCUCCGUACGGUGGCUAUGGAGCAGGCUACGGAAAUUUUGGGAUGAUGGGUUACGGCGCGGGGUAUGGCGGCAUGGUGGGCUACGGUGGCUACGGCGGCUACGGCGGUUACGGAUAUGGUCAACAAGCACCGUACAGCCAAGGCGGCCGCGGCGGUGGUGGAGAGGGGCAAUACUGAGGCAGCAUGCAUCUGGUAUGAGGCAGAGGGAGGAAUGGGUGUGGGGUGUGGAACCCGCUGCAGAUCAGUUUGAAGAGCAGCGUGCGUGUGCUCCACACUGCGGUAGCCCCCUCGGCAGAAGUUUAAGCUGUGUGUGAAAUCAAGAGGAAGCCGUUGGUUGCAAGGGCUGUGAUGUGAGAUCAUCCAGCGAGUUUGUGUUGUGUGAAAGCCGAGGGCAUGUCCUGCGUGCCUUCAUGUACAGGGAAGUGGCGUGCGGGACAUUUGGGGAGUGGAUUGGUGCGACGCCAUGGGAACCGGCGAGCUCUGGUCCGGCUGCGCUGACCCGCGGGGUAUGACAUGUUUUGGGCCUGGUCUGAGGUGGGGAUUGGGGUUCUUGGGAUUCAAUGGAAGGGUCGUUGUUGCCCGCCCCGUGUCGGAGGUCUGGCGAUUUCCUUACGCCCGCUGUUUCAGCCAAUCAUUCGCUUGGUGCCUGCCAGUCUAAUCCUGAUGGGCCAGGCCGGGCGAAAUGCAUCGGGGCGUGAGGGUGGCACAUUCCCGUUGAGAGCUGGGGCCGUAAAGGUGACUACCCUGCUUCCUAUGUAUUUGGGAAUCCGGGGGAGCUCUUCCAGAGCUUGAGUGGUCGUGGUUACGUCUUGACCGUGGUCUCAUGAUUGGGCGACUAGCCAAGGCCGCGGAUGGGGGAAGGGACGUCCUGUUUACUUUUUAGCUGGUAACGUGUGGCUGAUCUGUCAUCAGUUCAAUGCUUGUGUGCGUUGGGAGGGGUUGUCUGCGACAGUGUAGAGGCACCGACCUGGCCGCAAGAAAGAUGCUGGGGGCCAACACGGCUGUUCAGAAUGCGCUCUUAAAAGUUGGAGGGUCGGCCGGCUUUUCGAUAGUUCAAUUCUGAUUCUAGUUUCACG